AUGGCCCUUCGAAUGCCGCUUAUAGACGUUGUACACAGGACUCUCCUAUUUGGCCUCAUCGGAAUGGGUGCAGGUGGCAUCGUGUUGGGGUAUUCGUCUCAGCUGGUGAGAGAGAUGGAAAUUCAGAAAGAGGCGGCUCUUGCAGACGGUAAACAGAUCGAAGAUGAGAAGGCUCUCGCAGAAGCCGCUCAAAGAAUCCCCAAGUCUCGGAACACCUGAUUACAACUGUUCUUUGUUAUCUUCGGCUCACUGUGCAGGUCCUCACUCACCACAAGCUAUGCAAAUGCACCUUACUUGAGCUUUAAUUGCUUUGUGCACUGCAGCUCGACAAUACGUCAAAAUAAUUACGAAUUGCAUACUCCCACUCCUCAAGAAUUGGCAGCACAAAAAGCUGUACAUUGAUGCUGCUUCAGGCUGAACCACCAUCUAUUAAGGAGGAACCAAUGAGUCCGUUUCUUACUCACUGUUGGUAGAUUCUCCUGUCAACGCAUCACACCCAUUUGCUUUGCGUUGAAUCGUGCUCUCGAUCAGACCAUAGCUUCUUUUGGAUCUUAAACAACUU